UGACUUCCCCGUCUCUCGUCUCCUCCGCUUUUCUUACCGUCACCUCCUUGUCCUUGCUUUGAUUGCCCUUCCUGAUGCCAUCAGUCUGAUCCAUCCCUUGGGGAAAUAACCCUCCGAAUUGAUUGCGCUUAUCGGCCGUGUUGAACUUGCAUGGCCGCUACGGCACGGGCUCCUUAGUCCGCAACACCUAGGCCAUGGCCGCCCACUUUCCUCGAACCGACCUGGCUCCUUCAGCCGCCCUCGAGUCGGAGUCAUCGGCGUCCUCGACCUCCUCGGCCUUCUCACUCACCCAUGGGCCUUGCAUUGCCUCCACAACCGCGGCGGCUGGGCCGGAAUCUAUGAAAGUGGAAGAUUCCCCCACACCCUCCGCAUUGACCUCCGCGGAGGCAGAAACCCCCGUCCCUGACAACAAUGGGGCACCGGUGACUGCCGCGGGUCGGAAGCGCAAACUGAACAGCACCUCAGCACGCGGUGUCGCCAACUUGACCCCCGAUCAACUGGCCAAGAAGCGAGCCAACGACCGUCAGGCCCAACGGGCCAUCCGCGAGAGGACCAAGGCUCAUAUCGACUCGCUGGAACAGCGAGUCCGCGACUUGUCAUCACAGAAGCCAUUCUUGGAUCUACAGGCAGCCUUGAAGCAGAAUGAAGCUAUUCGGGCGGAAAAUACGGAAAUCCGACAGGGCUUGAAGGCGGUAAUGGAUAUUAUCCAGCCUCUUAUUGGAAAGCAAGACAAGCCGAACCCCAUCGCACCCAUACCCUCCGCGAAAAGUACCCAGAUCCCUCCCAUAUCGAUAGUGUCGCCAGUUUUGGAGAGCAACCGUUUCUCGGCCCACUUUCAGAAACCGGCCGCGGCCGAGCGCCCACCCCUUGAAUCGACUACGGGCGUCGAGCCUCCUUCCUUCACGCAAUCGACAUUCACGUCCGGCGCUUCACGACCCGAAAUUACAACGGCCGGUCCCGCUUCUUUUCGUAUCGCAUUUGACUACCAGCGACACAAUCUCGCCCACGGCUUAGACUUUGGUGGAACGGAUGAGCGAAUGGGCUUCAACUUUCUACUCGAUGCGUCCCAGCAGGUCCCCAAAGUAGAAGGGUUUCGGCGGUCAUCAGAGACGCCUCGGCCGCCUUUGAGCAAUCCGCCAUAUCCAUCUCCGGUUCAUACUGCCGCGACGGAACAAUCACUUCCGGCCUUCUUAACUCCGAUCCGCAAUAUUGCUCCGACAUGCACUUUGGAUGCCAUUCUGUUGGAUUUCCUCCAUCACCGACAGAGCGACGCGGCAAAGGGAGUGCCCAAGCAGAAGUUGGUUGGGCCCUCGUAUCCCAGUGUCUCUUCCUUGCUCAACCCAGAGAAGAGCGUCUACUCACACCCUCUCUCGAAAGUGUUCACGGACAUCCUACGCACGUUUCCCGAUAUCUCAACCCUACCAGAACAGAUAGCUGUUCUGUUCCUCAUGUUCCUUCUCAUGCGGUGGCAGAUAUACCCGACGUCUGAAAACUACGACCGGUUACCGGAGUGGUUGACACCUCGCCCGUCACAGCUCCUUACCCCCCAUCCGGUCUGGAUCGACUACUUGCCUUGGCCGCGGAUGCGGGACCGUCUGGUAAUGUCAUAUCAUGAAUACCCGUUCGAAAAUUGGUUCAUUCCGUUCACACGAACCGUGUCAGUCAAUUGGCCGUAUGAGGCGACCGACUGCCUGCUGUCUACCGGGGAUGGCGACGAGCUCAUCAUCAAUCCUGUCUUCGAGAGACAUUUCCGCAACAUCAGUAACUGGUCGUUGGGGCCUGCAUUCGCAGAAGCUUACCCUUCGCUGGUGGAAACCACGACGAUCAAACCCUGACACUAACUGGAACGAAUUCCUGGAGAAAGAUGACGUUGAUUAUGUGGGACAUUUCACCUACUUUGAUGGUUUGACAAAAAUCAUGAAUCUAAUCUCGGCUGUAUCUUCUUCUUUGAUCUUCCAUUCACCUAUUUCUAUGCUCGAUUUCCCAGAGGUCCACGUCCACUCUGGCGGAUCUUCUGAAGCAAAAUAACAUAUCCAGAUUCGGGAUAGAUGCCGACCAAGGCCUGCAGUGAUUGAUUACUCAAAUUCUGAUGGCCUGGGUCUUGCUGGGGACCUUAUUUGCGAGGUUCCUUGCAAUUCGACUUACAAGGCUGUCUCUCUAGUCAUCC